AGGCCGAUGGACACAUGAGGAAUACAAAGCACAAGGAUUAUUUUGGAAGACAACAGAUCAUGAAAUAUUACUUAAUUGUUUUGCUUGCCUCAACAAUAGUCUGCUCUUCUGAUGUGGAUGUUGUUCAGGAGGAUAAUGUAAAAAUAGUUCGAGCUGGAGUGGAUGUGAACCUUACUUGCACAUUUUCAAAGCUUUUGCAAUCAACAAAAGCAUGGUUUAAACAGACGGCUGAUGGAAAAUCUUUACAAAUUGUAUCUAUAUAUUUAAAUCAACAACCCAGUUGGAAUGAGGACUUUGAGAAGACAAAUCGUUUUAAAGUUAUUAAAGGAGACGAUCAUUUUAAUCUGACCAUUUUAAAGAUAAAGCCUCCAGACUCAGCAACAUAUUUCUGUGUAGUCGCCGCACAUUACAUCAUUGGAAUGGGUGCAGGAACCAGAUUACUUGUCAGAGAUGCAGCCAUAGGCAGAAACAUAACUCUUCAGCAGUCUUUGAUAGACACGCUUCAUCCAGGAGAUUCUGUGAGUUUGCAGUGCAGCAUCUUCACUGAGAGUUGUUCUGGAGAACACAGUGUCUACUGGUUCAGACAAAGCUCGGGUGAAUCUCAAGGAGUGCUUUACACCAAAGGAGAGAGAAAUGGUCAGUGUGAGAACAGCACAGAGACGCGAACACAGAGCUGUGUCUACAAUCUCUUCAAGAGCAACAUCAGUCUCUCUGAUGCUGGGAUUUACUACUGUGCUGUGGCCACAUGUGGAGAGAUACUGUUUGGAAAAGGAACUGAACUAAAUUUUCAAGAAAAUGUUGACAUGAGCCCAACCCUUCUUGCUCUUGGAUUUUCAAACAUCAUAUUUUUGGCUCUUGUUGUUUUUCUGGGAAUAAAAUUAUACAGGGGUCAGAAUAAAAUGCCUGCAUCUCAAGAGAGUCAAAAUGAAGACACACUGAAUUAUGCAGCCAUUAGUUUUGGUCAGAAAACUCUGAACACUAGAAGAGCCAAAGCAAAGAUCAGUCAGGACCAGUCUCUGUACGCACAGGCACAGAAAAGAACGCACUGCAAAUGGAGUAAGUGUGAAACACAUCUCUUACGUGUGAGCACAGCCCAUCCUGCUUCCGGUGCAAACGGAGAAGGCCUAUGUCUGAAACUUCUUCUUCUUCUUCUUUUGGUCUUAUGGCGGGUUGCGAACCAACUUCAAAGGUGCAUACCGCCACCUACUGUGAUGGAGUGUGAAGAGAAUUAUCUAAUUUCUAUAUCCUAUAAUAUAACCCACAAUUCUUGAUGAAUUUUUUGACUACAUUUAUUUGUUUCCUUGAAUUUGGACUAUCAUUUAAUAUAUUCGUUAUACUGAAUUCCCGGCACCCUACUGCCUGAAGAUCUUCCUUAAGAAUCCUCCUUUCUUUUUCAUAUGCUUUACAUUCCUUAAAAACAUGUUCUACCGUCUCAUCUAACAAACAAACCUCACAUAAACCUGUGUUGUGCUUCCCUAUAAUGUGUAAAGUGUAAUUUAAAUUUGAAUGUCCUGUUCGUAAAUGUGUAAAAAUAAUUUGUUCUCUUCUACUUAAAUUGAAACUUAUUUUGCUUUU